GAAAAAGCGCAUUUCAAUAAGGAACACCUUGAAAUACUCAAUCCGGAUUUUCAAGUCUAAUCCUUGGCGCAUCACUUUCGCCUUCCGUGCAUUUUUAUAUUUGGAACUUAUUUUAUCUUUCAACAUACCUUCUUGUUGAGGGGACAAAUAGGGGAGCAUUCCCCAGACAUUUAUUGGAGAAAUGGGAAACUCUUGUGAACUUAGUCGUUACCGACGAAUUGAGGAUCAUCGACAUUUUAGGCUGAAGCCCACUCAUAAAGCUCUUAUCAUCUGGCAUGUUCUAGCAGUCUGGUACUACUUCAAUAUAGCCGUCUGUGAAUCUACUUCAGUUGUGGACAAAUUCCAAUUGGUUGAUUUGACUCACGUGUUUGAUAAUACAACUCUUUAUUGGGUGACAGAACCAUCUCUUGUCCUCAACGUCACAUAUAAUGGAACUCUUCCAGACAAAAACAUUUGGUACCAGAAGGAUCAAAUAUAUGGUGCCACGCAUGGUGGAACCCACAUGGACGCUCCCUGUCACUUCGCAAAGGGACGCUGGUGCGUAUCUGAUAUACCUCUGGAGCGACUGGUUGUCCCCGCCGUAGUAGUAGACGUAAGCCAAGAAGUCAAUUCUGAUUCACAUUUAACGAAGGACCUGCUACUGGCAUGGGAAGAUAUUCAUGGCCAAAUACCUGACAAUAGUCUCCUGCUUGUCUAUACCGGAUGGUCAAAGUAUUGGCCAGAUCGUCUGAAUUACACUGGAACGGAAGAAAAAAAUAUCUCUGCGCUAAAAUUUCCUUCCAUUAAGGCAGAAGCAGCGGAAUGGUUAGUCGCCAAACGAAAGGUUGUUGGCGUCGGAAUAGACACGAUGUCGGUAGACAUUCCAAAUGAAAGACCGUCAACUCAUGUUGCUUUGAUGACGAACAAUAUUUAUGGGCUUGAAAACGUGAAUAAUUUGGACCAGUUGCCACCAACCGGUGCAAUGGUAUACGUCAUGCCGAUGAAGCUCAAAUCGGCAAGUGGUGCUCCAUGUCGUUUACUCGCUCAAAUUCCAAAUGGAAUGUUUAACGGUGGAAAUUUUAAUGGGUUACCAGGAAUGAGUAUAUAUCUGAUUAUUUUCAUUGCUACAAGUUACUAUUACAGGUUUUCCAAUAGAUAGUUCUAGUUAUGUCUUCAAAUUGUGUAAAAUAGAACUUCAAGAAACGAAGAUUAUAAAGACUAUCUUAAAAAGCUUCGAUUCAUAUCAUUUUUCUCUCUCCACAGUAAAAAGAUCAUAGAAAUACAUUG